AUGUGCUACGCAGCGACGGGUGAGUCGCCCUUCCAUCACACAUCAGGCGGUCGUUCACGGAGCAGUGAAAUUCCAGCAUUAUGCUGUUACGACUAUUGCUUGACAUUCGAGCGCGAGGUCGUGCUUAUGUGGAGGGACAAGUUAACUGCAGCAUCCGCGCUAUUCUACGCGUUGAGAUACGCGGCAUUGCUGAACACCAUCCUCAUCUUGCUGGGCUACCUAUCUUGGCCGGGCUGGCAGACUGCACACGUGCUGCUGAUUGUUCGCAACCGUAAAAGCUGCAUGAUCAUCAUGCGUCUGCAGAUGGCCGGCGACGUGCUGAUCUUGACCUGUGUAGCGGGUAAUUCAUGUGCAGCUUUCGCCACCAUGCGCAUAUAUGCCCUCUUUCGUCGCAGUUGGGCCCUGUCUUACCUGAUUCUCGCGCUUAGCCUGGUCAACCCGGCGAUAUCAAUGUACACCUUCAUCAUCUCUACACCCAUCUUGUUGCAGGUCACUCCUACGUAUCAGACGUGCAGCAUUGAUACGCCAUAUGCCUCCAAUCUUAUGCUUGUUCAUCUCGCACGCCCAGGGAUGAUGGGCGCUAGAGCGUCGGCUGUGGUCUCCGAUUCUCUCGUCCUGUUCCUGACGUGGAGGGGAACCAGACACGUUGCCGCAUCCGAGUUGAGGACAAUUCUUAUGUCCCAUAGUAAGUCUCGCAUCUGGUAUGCCACGAGAAGGUCGUUGACUCAAGUGUCUGCACUGCCAGCCGCGGUCUACUUCGGGUACGACAAUUUUGCGUGGGGCAUCGAGCAUAUCUUUGACCAAUUCCAUCGUCAUCCAUCUUUGACAGGUUCCUGUUCCUUCUGA